UGUCUGAUUUCUGGGCAGCCACAAGGAAGGGGCCUGGAGAUUGAGUGCUGCUGUUGUUGGCCUGGAAAGAAGAGGACCUUUGUACCAGCUGUGGCCUUUUUGGUUGCAAAACAUCAGAAUAACUGAUUCAAGGAAUGCAGUUAAGGUUUGGUCUUGCUGUAGAAGAACCUGAGGAGAGUAACACACUGGCUGUCAUAAAUGAGUGGACCAGGAAUGGGCAGGAUGUCCAGCAUGAUGGGAGUUCCCCUGCUCAGAAGACUGCUUUUUGUCUGAUUUCCAGGAUCACGCAGAGGCUAAACUGUGGAUACUGAGUAGCCCGGCACCAAGAGCAACAGGAGGUAGGAGGCCACUCCUGGACCCAGUGAAGGGACUUAGUCUGAGACCAGGCAGAUCUGCCCAUACCCUGCUGGAACCAGUAGUCAUGCCAGACACACCCGUGGAGGACUCCCUCUUCCAAAUCAUACACUGCUUCCACCACUAUGCUGCCCGGGAAGGGGACGUGGAGACCUUGUCCCUGGAGGAGUUGAAAGCCCUGCUCCUGGAUAGCGUGCCUCGCUUCAUGGACACCUUGGGCCGCAGGCAGCCAUACUACAUCACGGAGCUGUUCCGGGCGGCUGACAAAAACAAGGACAACCAGAUCUGCUUUGAUGAGUUCCUGUACAUCUUGGGCAAACUGGUGAAAGACUACCAUCUACAGUUCCACCGGCAGUUGUGCACACACUACUGUGCCCAGCACAGCCUCUACUAGGGGAGGCCAGACAGUCUUCCACCACUGCAGUCUGUUCGGGGAGGCGUGGCUUGACUACAAACAGCUUACAAAACUCA